CUGCAGAUUGAGGAAGUUUGAGAUGCUUGAGUCACACUUUAUUUGCGCUCGUCAUUAUCUGACAGUCAAAAUAGGCGCUGCGCUUCAAAACCGUAUCGGACUAACGGGAAAAAUCCUCAGCUCGGGACCGCAGCGACAAACCACGCAGCACAAUGGGAGCAUCCUCAUCCAGUCUCUUGGACGAGAGUAAAAUAAGCUACAUACGAGGCCGGACAGAGGCUGAGCUGAAGAACUUUAGUCCUCAUUACAGGAGGCAAAGCUGUGUCGCCUUCUUUUGUCAUCUGAAGGAUGAGGUGGAGCAGCACAGAGCAGGACAGGCCCAGCUCCUCAAACAGAAGGAGCCUCUGCAGGCCUCAGAGGUCCUGUACAAGGACAGCGUGCUUUACUUUGAUGACAGAAAGUGGAGAGAGAGAUUUGUCGUGGUCCGCGCUGACUAUAGCCUGGAGCUACAUGACAGUCAGGAGUCAUAUACAAAGGGAACCCCUGCCCGCCACAGACUCCUGCCAACAGGGGGCACAGUGUUGACCUCAGAGGAGAAAUACAUGGCUGUCGUAGACAAGGCCUUCCCUGAUCCUAAUGGUUCUAAAGAAGAACCCUCUGUUCCUGUGGUGAUGGUUCCUGGUCCGCUUCCUGUGUACCUGAGACUGCCUUACAGACGAGACUCGUACUUCUGUUUCCAGCAGGAGGAGAAGCGUGCCCGCUUCGUCUCGAUCUUAAACGACUGUAUUCGGCAUCAGAACCAAGAUUAUCUGAAGAGUAUGGAGAGUGAGGUUCAGGCUUUCCUAAAGGCCAUUCACUUCUACAGGCAGGAAAAGGGUCACUAUGAGUCAUGGGAUAUGCUGGUGGGCACUGACUGUCAGGUGCUGGCUAACCUGGUGAUGGAGGAGCUGCUGCCCUCACUGCAGACAGAGCUGUUGCCCAAGCUGAAGGGAAAGAAGCCGGAGAGGAAGAGGGUGUGGUUUGCGACAGUGGAAGCGACCUAUGAGCUUGUGCAUGAGCAACUGCGAGAAGGAUUGGAGAGUUUGAUAAAUGAGUGCAGAGAAGCCAGCAAACAACAGGAGGCGCUCAUCCGCUCAGACAUGGACCAGAUCGUCAACUCACAAACGUUCCUGGAAACCAAACUGCAGGGUUUAGUAUCAGAGCCAGCUGUGAAAUACUGUUCAGAGAGCGUGGCCCCGUACCUGACCUCAAUCCUGGAGGAGCUGAUGGGUCCAGUUAGCGCAGGCUUCCAGGCCGCGAGGCUGCUGUUGGAGGACGAGCUGACCCGAAUCUGCAAGGAUUUCCCUCAGGGGGGAGUCACAGAGGAACUUCAGAGCGCUCUGCAGCAGGUGGGUCGUGACCGCAUGGAGGACUGUUACCAGCAUGUGAACGUCCUGAAGGAACAGCUCCAGGAACUCCGCAACCGCUUCAAGUUUUCCAACUCGGCACGAGUGGUUCACUGCACCCAGAGUCAAAUGCAGCAGUUGAUGGAGAAUGCUGUGUACACAUUUGAGCUCCUGCUUCAGACUGCCUUAAAGGACAAACCUGACAAACAGGCCUCAGUCAUGGAGAAAGCCAAGCUACGUGUCCUCAAGCAAUUUGACUAUGACAGCAGCACAGUAAGGAAGAAGAUUUUCCAGGAGGCCCUGGUUGAUAUCACUCUUCCAGCCAUCAAGAGAAACCUGGCACCUGCCUGCAAAACUGAGCUUCAAAAUUAUGAACAGUUCGUCUUUGCCGAUUACACAAACUUUGUUCAAGUGGAGAACGUCUACGAGAACAUACUGCUCAACCUUUUGAAUAAUGAAGUAAACAAAGUGGUGAAGGAAGCAGCCAGUCUGAAGAAGAACAACCUGUUUGCUGACAGUACUGACCUGCAAUGUGUAAGUCAAAGCAGCCUGGCUGACAGCCGCACGCCACCCCUCUCUGCCCCCUCCAGUCCACCACAAGUAUUGGCCUCUGUGGCUCUCUCUCAACAAGCAGAGCAGAAGACCACCCCUCCAUCAGAAGGAUCCGUCAGUGAAGACACCCAGACACAUGAUGCCACAGUCAUUCCUACAGUGAAGAUUACACCGUCUUCUCCAGAAUCUGUGGAACCUACAUCACCACCAAAUGUUCCUGAAACUCAACCAGACAUUCCACCAACAAUACCUAAUGCAUCACCCAUCCCAGAGGUCUCCGAAACUGAAGUUUCCUCAACCAAACCCGAAACCGUCUCACCUGCGGAAGAUUCAUCUUCACAACCAGAGACGCCUUCUAAAGCAAAGGAUGAAGUUACAGAGGGAUCUUCUGUUAGUACAGACCGAGCAGUUUAUCUCAGCUCGACAGCUGAAGAAACUCCUGUUCCUGUUGUCGCCUCUGAAACUGUAAAUGUGGAAACAGAUGCAAGUCCUAAAUCUGAAAUUAAAGAGGAACAUGUGCAUAUCGUCCAACCUGAUAUUGACCUGACAAUCAAAGCUGAAGUUCUCCCAGACGUAUGUGUUGAAGACACCACAGAUGCCAGUGUUUCUGAUGAACCCGUUGUGGAAAACAAAAUCCAUGAGGCAGCGCCUUCUAGUGAUGAGACUAGAAAUGAAACACAAGACAGUCCUGCCACAGAAGGUUCUCCUCCUCUCAACUCGGUUCCUGAUGAUCCGGUAGGGGGCGCUGUUGCUUUAACACCAGAUCUGGAGAGCCAAAUCAGCGGCGUGAGCAUAGAUUCACCGGAGGAGACCGAUGACAGCGUGCAGGCUAUCAGAGAUCUCAUCAUGGAGGUCAUCGAAGUAGAGGACGUAGUGAAACCUUGUGCUGACAACCAACCUUAAAAAGGUUUAAAUCAUAUCCAGCUCUGCUAAUAAAACCAACUACAGUGUUUCCAUAAAAUAUUUUCUAUUUUUUAGUGGCGUAAUUUUUUAUACACAUUUACUUUUUUGAAUAAUAAUCUUAAAAAUUGUUUCGUUUUUUUAAUUUUUAAAAAUACCUUGACUUGUAGAAACCAAGUGCCUAUGUAAACAGAAUUUUUGUUGUUUUGUAACACUUUAUCAUAUAUCAUAUUAACAAAAACUAUAUACACACACACAUAUAUAUAGUUGGCUUUUUGUACUUGUUUUUCAGUCUUUAAAUGUAUUGUUGAAUCAUUUUUAUUUGUUUUUUCAAAUGUGAGGAAAAUUAAAUGACAAAAAUAGAAACUCUACAUUUUUAGAUGGUACACAAAUGCUUUUGGAGGACUGACUAAUUUAUUAAUGUGUUGUGCUGGUUUGUACUUUCUUUAUAGUAAAUUUGAGAUAAGAGAUUGUGCUGAUCACUAAACAAUUUUUGGUAACAUUUUACAAGAAGGUGUCAUUUGUUAACUAAAAUGAACAAAGAAAGAAUACAUUUAUUACAGUAUUUAUUAAUCUUUAAUAAUGUUGGUAAUAAAAAUACAGCCGUUCAUUGUUUGUUCAUGUUCAGUGCAUUAACUGAUGUUAACAAACACAACUUGUGAUUUUAAUAACGCAUUAGUAAAUACUGAAAUUAACAUGAACUAAAAUGGUGUUCAUUCUUAGUUCAUGUUAAUUAAUAAACCUUAUUGUAAAGUGUUACCCAUUUUUUUUUUUUUGUACCAUGCUGUAGAUUUUCUGAAAAUGAGACCGUACUUUUAUACAUAUGAUUUACAGUGAGCCUGUUAAAUAAAUUUCCACAAAACAGACAA